UUGGAGGGAAAAAAAGGUUACACCAAAAUGGGGAAAGGUAAGGCUCACCUUAAGCGAAUUGAGAACAAGAUCAACAGGCAAGUACCGUUCUCGAAGCUAGGUGAUGCAUAUUCUUAUAUAAACCUAGAAGUCGUAUUUGGGCAGGUGGGUUAUUGAGCACAUGGAGGAUGCUGGCAUGUGGGCCCUAAGAAUGCAUUAUAGUAGUCUCCCAUUUUCUUGAGCUACUUGUGUAAUCUAAUGGUAAUCAAGUUGAAAUGGAAUCGUGAGCUUCUAUUCCAACUUUGAUUUUUGUUUUAUUAAAUAUAAAAAUACAAAGGCAAUCAAAUUAUGUUAUACACACGGCCAAGAAAUAAUGAAAAUAUCCUUAGUACCGACAAUAUUGACCCCGGGUCAUGCUGAAGCGGUCCACCUACUCAACCCGCUCUCUCUCUUUCUGCAGUUUCAGAAAUCUUUGAACAUUUGAUUGAAGGGUUUGUGGUGCAGUUUUGGUCAAGAAUAGAUAAUGGCUUCAACAGGGCCACUACAGCCUCUCAAGAGACGGGAUUCAUCUGCAACUAGAGAAGAUGAUCAACUUAUUAUAAUCCCUUUAGGGGCGGGUAAUGAAGUGGGUCGGUCUUGCGUGUACAUGUCCUACAAGGGGAAAACUGUGCUUUUUGAUUGUGGAAUUCAUCUUGCUUACUCGGGCAUGGCUGCUUUGCCAUACUUUGAUGAGAUUGAUCCUUCAAUGAUCGAUGUGCUUCUCAUCACCCACUUUCACUUGGAUCAUGCUGCAUCCCUACCAUAUUUUUUGGAGAAGACCACCUUCAAAGGUCGAGUUUUCAUGACUUAUCCAACAAAGGCUAUCUACAAGCUGCUUUUGACAGAUUAUGUAAAAGUCAGCAAAGUUUCAGUUGAAGAUAUGUUGUUCAACGAGCAAGACAUCAAUCGUUCCAUGGAUAAAAUUGAGGUUAUCGAUUUCCACCAAACUGUAGAGGUAAAUGGCAUUCGAUUUUGGUGCUAUACUGCCGGCCAUGUCCUUGGUGCUGCUAUGUUUAUGGUUGAUAUUGCUGGUGUUCGAGUACUCUACACUGGAGACUAUUCACGUGAAGAAGACCGGCAUCUCCGUGCUGCUGAGACCCCACUGUUCUCCCCUGAUGUAUGCAUAAUUGAAUCCACUUAUGGUGUCCGGCAACAUCAACCUCAGCACGUCCGAGAGAAGCGCUUCACUGAUGUUAUUCAUACAACCAUUUCUGAAGGAGGUCGUGUCCUUAUUCCAGUUUUUGCCCUUGGCCGUGCCCAAGAACUGCUUUUGAUUCUUGACGAGUAUUGGUCAACCCAUCCGGAGCUCCAAAACAUUCCCAUAUAUUAUGCUUCUCCCCUUGCAAAAAGGUGUUUGAGUGUUUAUGAGACAUACCUCCAUUCAAUGAAUGACAGGAUACGCAGCAAACAUGCAGCAAAGUCAAACCCCUUUGUGUUCAAGUACAUAUCACCAAUAAAGAGCAUUGAGAAUUUCAAAGAUGUUGGCCCAUCGGUGGUGAUGGCGAGUCCCGGAGGGCUUCAAAGUGGAUUGUCACGACAACUAUUUGACAUGUGGUGCUCUGAUCGGAAAAAUGCUUGUGUUCUACCUGGAUAUUUGGUUGAAGGCACACUAGCUAAAACCAUUAUUAAUGAACCCAAGGAGGUUACUCUCAUGAAUGGUCUCACUGCUCCUCUUAACAUGCAGGUCCAUAACAUAUCCUUCUCUGCCCAUGCAGACUCUGCUCAGACAAGUGCAUUCUUGGAAGAGCUCCUGCCUAACAACAUAAUUCUUGUUCAUGGAGAAGCUAAAGAGAUGGGGAGGCUCAAACAGAAACUCAUUGGCCAGUUUGCUGAUCGCAACGUCAAAAUCUUCAACCCGAAGAAUUGUCAGUCUGUUGAAAUGUACUUCAACUCUCAGAAAAUGGCAAAAACCAUUGGACGGCUGGGUGAAAGGACACCAGAAGUAGGGGAAACUGUCAGCGGUUUACUGGUCAAGAAAGGAUUCACCUAUCAGAUAAUGGCACCUGAUGAUCUCCAUAUCUUCUCUCAGCUAUCGACCGCAAACAUUACUCAAAGAAUUACUAUCCCAUAUGCUGGUGCCUUUAGUGUAUUAAAUCACCGGCUCAAGCAGAUAUUUGAGAGUGUAGAGUCUUCAACGGACGAGGAGUCCGGAAUCCCAAUGCUGCGAGUGCAUGAACGAGUUACAGUUAAGCAGGAUUCUGAGAAACUCAUUUCAUUGCAUUGGUCAUCAGAUCCUGUAAGUGACAUGGUUUCGGAUUCCAUUGUGGCUCUGGUUGUAAAUAUCAACCGGGAGAUCCCCAAGGUAGUUGUUGAAGCAGAGGCAAUAAAAACUGAGGAAGAGAAUGGGAAGAAAGUAGAAAAGGUUAUUUAUGCGCUCCUUGUUUCGCUCUUCGGGGACGUGAAGGCCGGAGAAAAUGGGAAGCUGGUGAUCACCGUUGAUGGAAAUGUGGCAGAGCUUGACAAACAGAGUGGGGAUGUUGUGAGUGAAAAUGAAGGCCUAAAAGAAAGAAUAAGGACGGCUUUCCAGCGAAUUCAAAGUGCUGUGAAGCCAAUCCCUCUAUCUGCAUCGUAGCUGCUUCCCCUGCACUUACUUUUCUUUUCUUUUUCUUUUUUUUUUCUGUAUUUUGGAGGUUAAAACUUUUGUAUUUUGUAUGCUACACAGUAAUACUUAUCACUUAUCAGUAAACACUAAUUGUAGUUUGUAUUUACUAUCACUGAGAUAUUAUGUGUUAUCAAUACAGCUAGUGAUUACUCUAUAAUA